AUGGUGAACAAGGUAUCUCCCAAUAGACGCAGGUCCAUUGCGGUCCUCGGUCAAUCCUCCUCAAAACAGAGCCAGAGUCGCAGGAGAGCGUACAGUAUCGCACCAGGAGAGAAGCUCAGUCCUGCCGCCAAAGCCCGCCGGUCUCUGGCUCCGCGCAAAAGUAUUCUCAAGGCCUCCAUUAACUUCCAGGAUGGCGCGGAAUCCUCCACAUUCACUGGCGAUGACAACAUCACACAGACCAUGGACUUUACCGACAUCCACAACGCCGCUGCUCGCAAGAGUCUCGGACGCCGCGUCAGCUUCGCCAGCCACGCCCAUGUUCGUAUCUUCGAGAGAAAGAAAACCAACGGCAGUGCCGAUCCUCCAUUUUCACCUACUCAAGGAUCCUUCCCACAAACUGAGAGUCGAACAAAUGACGAGAAUGUAUAUCCAGAUACUGCACGCGGAGGUCGCCGCAGCUCCGUGCGCCGUCGUUCGUCCACUAGGUUCAGCGAAUUCGGCGAGCAGUCAAUGGAUAUGGACAUUGAUGACGAUGCCCCCGUCCCGGACGACUUCAUCAACGAGAACAAUAUCUUUCAUCAGGAGGGCUCCGCACUCGAGGACGACGAGUUCACAGAGGAUGAAGACGACGAGGAUAUGGAGGUUACAGAAGCCAUCCAACUUAACAUAAAUCGCAAGCGUUCCCUUUCGCUUGGUCCAGGACACCCAUCUCUCGCCCUCCGCCGCCGCUCCUCCAUUGCACCCGCCACCUCUACCCAACAUCAGUCUGAGAACCAGAUCCCGCGACCUGGUCAGCAAGCACAUUUCAAUGCCGAACCUAAAAUCAUUGAAGAGGGGCAGAACGUAGAUCAGGACCUCACGACCUCCUCCGCGCAAUCCCAGUCAUAUCUCUCCGAAGAUCCUUCCGAUGAAAACACGGCGCCGAUGGAAUUCACCAUUCCCAUCUCGCGCUCCCUGCGACCUCCACCGGAACGGAGCGAAGUCUGGCAGCAGCUCGCGGCAAUAACGCACGCUGGCGUGGCGAGUGAACCACCGCCCGAAUCCGACGAGGAUGAGCCCUUCCUGCAACCGGAUAGGGACGACACUGCGGAAGACAUGGACCUCACUGCCGCGACACAGCGUUUGCUGCGCGCACGCUCGUCCAUUGGGCUCCCGCCGCUCAAAGGGGGCGACCCGGACGCGGACGCUGAGGAUGACUUCGGUGGCGCGGACUCAUUUGACGAUGGGGUGCAGGGUAAGAUACCGGACGACAGCUUCACCUCGACUGAGGACAGCUUCGCAGACGACGGUGCCGCGGGCGACCGAACGAUGAACAUCACCGCACUCAUGCGGCAGAGCCUCGGCGCGACCGACUCGUCUAUGGAUGUGACGGGUGUGUACGACGACGAGAAUGUCGUGCGGGUGCCUGUUACCGCUCCUCGUGAGCGCGUAGAUUCCUUGCCAGCUCCUGUCGCUCCGGCAGAAGAAGCACCUCCUACAUCUGCCUCUCUCCCGUCAGUGUUCACCGCCACAGAGUCUGCGCGUCCCAGCGUCUUCUCGAUUGCGAAGACCCCAGUCCCUACGCCGCGCUCCCCCGCCGAAACCGCUGCCUCCGCAAUUAUUCCCAAGCCAUUCACCUUCAGCCUCGUCCGCGCUCCCUCACCAACAAAGGGUGCCGCACCCUCUCCUGCACCCUCUUCUUCCAUCCCCCGCCCGAUCUUUGGUCAAGCCCGACCGCACAAGGGCACCGCAGCGUUCGCUUCCCCGACUCCGCGCAAGUCGCCCCUCAAGCGCCCCAUCACAGACAGUGCACAGGAUAGGCCAAGCCCAGCCAAGCGGCCCGCUGUGGGCAGGCUCGAGCCCGCUAAGGUCGCCAUAUUUGAGCCGCCACAACCGCAACCCAUGGCGAAUAGGCGGACAAGCGCGGUGCGCAGGCCUUCAGGUUACUUUGCGCAGCGCAAGAGUCUUGGAGCAGGCAUCCUCCCACCUACUAUCACGAACGCUGCUAAUGCGGACACGCGCACGGCGGCGGGUCCGAAGAAAAUUGCGGGCCAAGGCCUUGGAUUGGGGCGCUUCCGCGCGAGCGUGGGAGCUGUACCGUCAGGUAACGGUCCGGGAAUUGGCGUCGGACAGAGUCAGCCUGGCAAGGAGGGUACUUCGCUCUAUCCGGACGUCGCGAAUAUUGUACGGCAGGAUCCGCCGACACCAUCGAAGGCCCUUAGCCCGGCGCCGGGCCCCAAGGCAGGCGGAUGCGAGCGUGAGGUACUCCGCCAGGUGGUUGCUGCGCCUAGCCCGACCCGCGGCUCACCUGCGCCUGCGCUGCGGCCAAGUUCGCCGGCGCUCGGUGCUGUGAAGCAGGAGACCCCUCAGCGGUCGGCUUCACCUGCUGUUGGGUCUCCAAGGCGGCCAUCUCCAGCUGUCAUUGCGUCCACUUCGGAGUCAGGGAUAAUUCUUGAUUUGCCACUAAAGGAUGUGGACAUUCCCGGCAUCCUACAAACUGCACCUCUGCCAUCCGCUGUCACUGCACAAUGGCGCGACGGCGUCGAAGACGACGCGGGUUUCGAGGAUGAAGGGCCCCCAAUCUCAAUAGAACAAUUCUUUACGAUGACCGGGAUCCGUUUCAUGGACGAGUUGACGAUGCCCAAGCCUCGCCAAUCGGUAGUCCCGCCCAUGCAACUGCGCUCGCGGGCGCGCAGGCGCUCUUCGUCCGAGUUUGCUGCGGAGCAAGACGAGGACCCGAUUCCGCUCGCGGAGUUCUCCAUCGCGAUGGCGGUGGAGGUGCCGCAGUUGGAAAUCUACACGGCGGUUGUGAACGACUUGACCGCUUGGAUUGGGAACAGCAAGAAGAUCUGCCUCGAGGCGGAGCGCGAGACGGAGAAGGACACCCCUGAGCUCUUCAGGGAGUUUGCUGCCGCAGACGAGUCGGAGAAGGCGAUGCUGGUGCACCAGUUGAAGCUGAUCAAGGCAAACAACUACGGGACCGCCAAAUCACAGUGGUAUGACUGGAAAACGACCUGGGUGAACCGGCUAUACGACCAGGCUGAACAGGAGUUUUCCCAUCUCGAAAGCGAUGCGCAAGUGCUUGCGGAUCUCAUGAAGGAGGCGCAGGAUAUCUUACCUGCGCUCCGCGGGGAAUACGCACAGGUCAUGGCGGAACUCCAGCAGGAACAAGCGGACAUCUCGGAGAUUGAGAACUCCGACCAAGAUUUCCUCAACGAGUUGAAGGCUACCAUUGCGGAACAACAGACCGAGCUCGAAGUAUUCCGCAGUGAUGUCUCCGAAGGAAAAGCGAAGCUGGAACGGCUGGAAGAGAAGCUCGCCGAGAUUAACGCACAAAAGAAGGAAGCGUCGGUAGCGAUCGCAGAGGCUCAGUAUUUCGUUCACCUCAAGAAGGAAGGCACAAAUUUCGAGGUCUUCAGACUAAAAGAGGAGCUGGAAGCGCUGCAAGAUCUGCAUUACUGGCGUGCUACGAAGGUCCAGGCUGACCUCACCGAGUUCGUAUACGCUUCAAGAUACCAGGUGUCUAUCCCGUGCCUCAAAUACCGGCCGACGCUUGCCAAAGUCAGUGUCUGCAAAGCGAAAAAUAUCCGGACAAGGGAGCGAGAUCAAUUUCCCCGCUUCACCGACCUCGCGAUACAGGUCGCGCAGCAGCUCGUGUUCGAGGCUCCACCACAUGCAAACAUCCGAGAGAUCGUUGAGCUGCUGGGCGACUUUUGGUCAUCAUGCGCGCAACUCCGUGCACAGCUAACUUUCCUCGCCAUCAAAUACCCACUAUCAGUAGAAGCUGUUCAGAGCCUGAACUCAGGAUUGCCAGAUCUUCAUAUCAAGGCGACAGUACUGUUCCCAAGCGCGAAGGGGAAGGCGUAUAUAUCCUUCAUCUUGGAUAGACAAACGUACUCCAAAUGGCCUAUUUCCAUUGGUUCAUUGAAGGCAACCGUAGAGGUCGCGUACGGGCGCGUAGAACGAAAGACUGCGUUGGAUGCAGUCUUGGGCCGGUUGGCUCAGGCCAGUUCUGUCGACAGUCAUGGCUGUUUAUUAGACGCGUGCAUCGAAGCUACAGAGCAAUUUGUGUAA